AUGGAGGGGUACAAGAAGUGGAGCGCUAAAGCGGCUUUGAGAUCGUCCCUGUUGAUAGCGGAGACGAUCGCAGCUACUGGAGUAGUUCAGGACCCCUUUCAGCAGGCUACGUCUGACCGGACGACGGUAGACCGCGUGUUCUGCCUACUGAACGUGUUGUUUUUCAGACCCCUUCUGUGA